UCCACGCUGGUGCUGGCCACGCCGAGCACAGCCUUUGGCGAGGCCUUCCAAUACGGCUGCAACAUCGCUGUGGUUAAUACACUGCACAAGGUCUUGAAGUCCUUUUAUAAUGAAACCUACUUUGAGCGACACGGAGCCUUCAUGGACAAGAAAGUCAUGCUGCUGCUGUGGUCCUGCACCAUGUCCAUGUCUCCUCUGGGCGUCUUGGUGGGGUCCCUGCUUAUUGGCCUGCUGGUUGACAAAUGAGGCAGGAAGGGAACACUGCUGAUCAACAAAGACUUCGCCAUCUGCCAUCCCGCCAUCCCGAAGGGAGUCAGCAAAGUGACCAAACCUUCCGAGCUGAUCAUCUUUUCUCGAGUGGCACUGGGAUUCUGUGCAGGCACCUCCUACAGUGCCCUUCCCAUGUAGCUGGGAGAGUUAGCUCCCAAGAACCUUAGGGGUGCUCUGGGAACAAUGAUGGAGGUGUUUGUCAUCGUGGGAAUCUUCCUAGCACAGAUCUUCGGCCUGCAAGCCAUCCUGGGCAACCCUACAGGCUGGCCGGUGCUCUUAGCACUCACGGGGGUCCCCGCACUGUUUUGGCUCCCUCUGCCAUUCUUCCCCGAGAGCCCCAGGUCCACCCUGAUUCAGAAGAGAGAUGAAGAAGUUCGACAAGCUCUGCGGAAGCUGAGAGGCUGGGCAGACGUGGAGGACGAGAUGGAAGAAAUGUGCGUGGAGGACCAGGCCGAGAGGGCCGAGGGCCUGUCUGUGCUCAGCCUCUUCACGUGUCCACCUGUCCACUGGCAGCUGGUCUCCAUCGUCUUGCCCAUGGCCGGCCAGCAGCUCUGCAGGGUCAACGUGGUCAGCUACUACGCGGACGUGAUCUACGCCUCCCUCGGCUGGCAUGGAGGGGCUCAUUCCGUAACAGUGGGUGCCAGCGUGGUGAACACAGGGAUGAGCUUCAUCUUGGCAGGCGCUGUCGAGCGGCUGGGUAGGCGGCGCCUCCUGCUGGUCGGCUAAGGCAUCCGCGUCUCGGCGCUGAGCUUCCAGAGCACGGUCCCUGAGCUGUCUUACCUUGGCAUCAUCUACAUCACAGGACAUUCCAUCGGGCCCAGUCCCGUGCCCUCCGUGGUGAGGACCGAGAUCUUCCUGCAGCCCUCGCCCGCCUUCGCAGUGGACGGGGCCGUGCUCGGGCUCACCAGCGUCAUCGUGGGCUUCGUGUUCCCGUCCAUCCAGGAGGUCAGUGGUGCCUACAGCUUCAUUAUCUUUGCCGGAAUCUGCCUCCUCACUGCUGUUUACAUCUACGUGGUCAUUCCUGAGACCAAGGGCCGAACAUGUGUGGAGAUAAAGCGGAUUUUUGCCCAGAGAAACAGAGUGGAGUUUCUGGAGAAGAAAGAAGAAAUCACAGAUGCUGGGCCUCACAUACCGUCUCUGCCUCCCAGGGAGACUUCCUUUUAG